AUGACGGUGUUUCGCUGGAAAGAUUCGACGCGUUGGUGUUCGCAGGUCGCGAUGAAGGAGACGUUGUCGAAGCAGGAGGUUAAACGCGAAUGGGAGGACGGUCGAGCGGAAGAGGAUUCGCCGCGAGUGGCAACGGCGGACGAGCGAUCCGUCGAGAGUUCCAGGUCGGUGAUCACCGCGAGAAGGCACGUGCGCACCAUCACCACGGCCGGACACAUCACCGAGACCGUGGCCGAACCCGAAGCGGACUCUCAGCAUCAUCGUCGAUCGGUCGACGAUCAAGCUCAGCAAUGCAGAUCGCGCUCGUAUCAGGACGAGCAACAGCAACAGCAACAGGACCAAGGCUGCAAGCUGAGUAUCCUGCAAAUUGCUCAUACCGAGGCGGAGAUGCAACAGCAGCAACAACAACAGCAGCAGCAGCAGCAGCAGCAGCAGCAGCAGCAGCAGCACGCUCGUUCUCGCGAGCAGUCGCUCGUCUACAUGACGAGCAACGGACAGGAGGUGCGGGUGCAGGUGUCGGAAACGGUGGAUCCGUCCGUGCUGACGGUGAAGGACACGGUCAGGUACGAGACGCCGGAGCCGGAGAGAACGGACGCGGAUCGCAUGUACGCCGGAUACUCGGCGGACGGACAGCAGCAACAGAUGCGAAGGGACAGUCACGCGAUCGCGAUCCAGGCGGUGCAAGAGAGACGCGUGGUUCAGUCGGCCGGCGGCAAUCAGAGGUACAGCCCGCGAGAGGCAGGCGGCCAGUCGAGCGGUGGAAACGGAUCGACGGCGGUCGCGAGGUCGUAUCAUCAGGGCUCGUCGCCGGUACUGGUCGCGACCAACGAGGAAUACGAGGGCGGUGGCGGCAUGGCCGAGACGAACGUCGGGGUGCAGCUCGAUUCACCCGCGCCACCGUCUUACUCUCCGCCGAUCGGCGGCGACGGCGGUAUCCGCGCGACCGCGGCUUCCGUGGGUCACCAGCAGCCGGGCCAGCAGCAUCAAAUGGUCACGGGAUACGUGAACACCGGUGGGGUGAGCAUCAAGUACGAGACCGAGGCGGCGAACGUGGCCGCGACGAACGCGGUGGUGGCAGCAGCGGCAGCGGCCGUCGGGGCCACGGUUCCGGUCGACGGUAUCAAGGUGUCGAGCACGUACACGACGCUGGAGACGGUGCCGAUUCCGCCGUCGCAAGCCGUCCAGUAUCAGCAGUACAUAUCCGCCAGCGAGACGUUUCAACAAGCACCGACUUACAGCUACACGAAACCCGGCGAUCAAGUGAUCUUCGCGUAUCCGUCUCAACUGUCGUCGCGAGUGCCCGGGGUCGAGUCCCCUGGAAGCGCGUACAUGAAGGGCGACCCGACGCUGGCGUCCUCGCUGGGAGGGUCGCGCGGCGUGCCGCCUCUUCACUACGAGCAGCCAGGCUCGCCGGGAUCUCAGGUGACGCUGUACGGGACCGGGGCCGGAUCGUACUCUUACACGAAGCCGAACACCGCCAGCGAGUACUGGUCGGCCGCCGGAACUCCGUCUCCGCCCGCGUUCGAUUGCGUGCCGAGCUAUCAGAACGUGGCGGCGAUCUCCGUCGGUGACGCGGCCAACAUUCAGCUGUACUCGGGAGGAGCGUACAGCGUGUCGACCGGUAGCACCACGGCUCCGUCCCCGUGGCCGAAUCUGCCGUUGACCAACGAGGACGGUUUCGACGGAACCAUCAUGACCGCGGAUCCGAAGGAGUGCUUCGGUUGCGGCAAUCCAACGUCCAGCUGGAAGAGAGACGAAACCGGCCGUUUCUACUGUCAUAGUUGCAUCUACAAGAUGAACGGGAUAAACAGGUCGUCCAUGAGAUGCGGCAAACCCAAACAAACCGUCGCCACGGCCGGUGUACGAAGGACGGGGGUUCAGUGCGCCAAUUGCAGGACCAGCAACACGACCUUGUGGCGGCGGAACAACAACGGCGAGCCGGUGUGCAACGCUUGCGGCCUCUACUACAAGCUACACAACGUGAACAGGCCACUGAGCAUGAAGAAGGAGGGAAUACAGACGAGGAAAAGGAAGCCGAAGAAUCAUUCGGGAAUGAGCGGAAACUUGGCGGGACCGAGCGGCAUGCACAAGACCGAGAUUAAGUCUAACUUACUCGUGGACUCGCUGCAGUUGAACGUGUAUGGGAGCGGUGGUAGUGGUAACGGGGGUGGGAUAGUGGCCGAUACGGAGGCGAAGCAAGAGGCCGAGAGCGAGGCAGCGACCGGGGCAGGUACAGACGGCGGUGGUGCCGGUACAGAAACCGGGGAUCGGGCGGAGAACGAGAACGGAAGCGGUAACGCGUCGGGUGGGAACGGAGGAUCCGACGAACGUCGUCCACCCCUAGGUACACCGACUACGGGGCGAUCGGGGCACGCUAGCCACGCGCACUCGCCCCUCGCUUUACCUACCGCCGCAGUUCUCAAUCGACAGACUACCCUUACCGUGCCACCGCUAGAGCCAAUCGUUAGCCAAACCGGUGGCGAUCUCCUCUCGGUUAUAACUUCCACCACGGCUAUCCACGCCGAAAGGUCGUAACGAGGACGAGAACGAGAUGUACGAGAAGAAGAAAAAUAACGCGGUAGAGAAGAUCGCGUGGAAGGCGCCAACUAACGCGACACGAGUGCCGCUUCUGCCAACGCGGUGACUGGAGAACGUCCGGGACGCAGCAACCAACUUCUUUACCGACCAAAGGUUCUCGGGCGUGUCACGGAAACGUCAUCGGCUUUCUCGUCCUCGGUCACGUUCUCGUCGACGAAAUGCGGAAUGCUACGCGACUCGUCGCGUACCUGCGAUUUUGGAUUUCUUUUCUGUUUCCGGGCGAGAAACGAUAUCGUCUCGCCGUCUGCCUCUCCCUCCCACCUUCUCUCACUCUCUCUCUCUCUCUCUAUUUCUCUCUCUCUCUCUCUCUCUCUAUCUAUCUCU